AUGUCGUCGUCGGGGCUCACUCGACGCAGGGGCGGCGCUGGAGGAGGACCAUCCACCGAGGGCGAGAGUGGCAACGGUAUCAACCGCAACAACUCGUCCGGCAACUUCAAGGACAGCACCCCCGAGACGAGCUACGAGAACAGCGAGAAUGGCCACAAGAUCGCAUUCGACCCGCGAGACAUUAGCGAGAGCACGGAGAGGAACAAGCAGCCCAAGCUGACACUCAUGGAAGAGGUCUUGUUGCUGGGUCUCAAGGACAAGCAGGGCUAUCUUUCGUUCUGGAACGACAACAUAUCCUACGCCCUUCGCGGGUGCAUCGUCAUAGAAUUGGCUUUCCGCGGCCGCAUCAGCAUGCAGAAGGACGCCUCGAGGCGGCGCUUCCCCCUACCCGACCGUGUUAUCGAGGUCAUCGACGAUACUCUCACCGGCGAGGUGCUGCUUGACGAGGCGCUUAAGCUGAUGAAGGGAAGCGAGAAGAUGAGCGUCAGCACCUGGAUCGAUCUUAUGAGCGGGGAGACUUGGAACCUGAUGAAGAUUGGCUACCAACUGAAGCAAGUCCGAGAGCGCCUUGCGAAGGGCCUCGUCGACAAGGGCAUCCUUCGCACCGAGAAGCGCAACUUCCUGCUCUUUGAUAUGGCCACACACCCUGUUGCCGACGGCGGCGCCAAGGAAGAGAUCCGGAGGCGCGUCAGAAACGUUCUCACCCAAAGGACUGUGGUCCUUCCCGCCUCCCAGUGGCUUCCCGAGAAUCUCGAGUUCCGGUACACGCGGACGAUCGCAAUGGUCUGCGCCGCCUACGCCGCCAACGUCCUCGAGAAUGCGCUGUCUACGCUGGGCCACGAGGCCAGGGAACGGGCAUUCGCCCAGACUGAUGAGCUGCUGGCCGAGUACAGCCAAUGGCCAUUCGGCAAGAAGGCAACGGGCAACGGUAUCGGUGCCAACUUGCCACAAGUAAUUUCAGAGGAGGGCAAUAAGGCCAAGGACAAGGAGCUGCAGCUCGAGGUGGUUGCCGCCUGCCUGAACGUAUUCACCCGCCUCGACUCCCUCCUGUGAUAUAACGCAGCCCGCCUUGCUGCCC